CAGGAAGCAGCUGAGGAUGCUGGGAUAUUUUUAGGAUGACGAUGAUGAAGAUGAGGAUGACGGGGAGGAGGAGCUCUGACGUCAUGGUUUUGUGUGUGUGUGUGUGUGUGUGUGUGUGUGUGUGUGUGUGUGUGUGUGUGUGUGUGUGUUUUGUAGCUCCGCAGUGUCGCUGUGUGACAUGACAAACCGCUGGAAGCUGCAGGGAGGAUUCUUACUGUAAUACUUCUUCACUCCUCUUCUUCAUCCUCCUCCUCCUCCUCGUCUCCUUCCUCCUCUUCUUCCUCUUCCUCUCCCUGUCUUUCUGUCUGUCUUUGUCUCCAUGCGGGUCUCUCUCCCGCACCAGCGCAAACAGCGGGCCUUCCUGUAGCCGCCGCCCCGGCCUCCCUCGCCCUCCGGCCGGUGGAGCCUCCCAGCUGAGCCCCGCUGAGGUGGCCUGGUUCCCGGCGAGAGAUGCUGUAGAGCAGCCGGCAGACGAGAUGCUUGUCCCGGACUGAAGAGAGCAGAUAGCCGCGGAGGGAGCAGGAAGAUGUCCGGCAGGAUGCCUCUGACCCCGGUGAGCGAGAGAGAGUCUGAGCAGCCAAAGUCUUCAGAUGGCCUCCCUGAGCCGCCAGCCCCACCCGCCAAAUCAUCAAGUCGCCACAGUCUGCUGCCAUGUCGCAGCGCUGUGACGUCCCUCACUGAUGAACAGCCGCACGUAGGCAACUACCGCCUGCUGAAGACCAUCGGCAAGGGCAACUUCGCCAAAGUCAAACUGGCCAGACACACACUGACGGGCCGAGAGGUCGCCAUCAAGAUCAUCGACAAAACUCAGCUGAACCCCACCAGCCUGCAGAAGCUCUUCAGGGAGGUCAGUGUGAUGAAGAUCCUCAACCACCCGAACAUCGUGAAGCUGUUUGAGGUGAUCGAGACAGAGAAAACUCUGUACUUGGUGAUGGAGUACGCCAGUGGAGGUGAAGUCUUUGACUACCUGGUUGCUCACGGACGUAUGAAGGAGAAGGAGGCCAGAGCCAAGUUUCGCCAGAUUGUGUCAGCAGUGGAGUACUGUCACCAGAAGAGGAUCGUACACCGAGACCUCAAGGCAGAAAACCUUCUGCUGGACGCUGACAUGAACAUUAAGAUCGCAGACUUUGGUUUCAGUAAUGAGUUCACUCUGGGCAGUAAGCUGGACACCUUCUGUGGAUCUCCUCCCUAUGCUGCUCCUGAACUCUUCCAGGGGAAGAAGUACGACGGGCCGGAGGUGGACGUCUGGAGUUUGGGAGUGAUUCUGUACACACUGGUCAGCGGCUCGCUGCCCUUCGACGGGCAGAACCUCAAGGAGCUAAGGGAGCGUGUCCUCAGAGGAAAGUACCGGAUUCCCUUCUACAUGUCGACUGACUGUGAGAACCUGCUGAAGAAGCUGCUGGUGCUGAACCCGGGGAAACGAGGCAGCCUGCAGCAAAUCAUGAAGGAUCGCUGGAUGAACAUUGGGUAUGACGAGAAGGAGCUGAAAACAUACAGCGAACCAGAACAAGACUUCAACGACCUCAAACGCAUCGAGCUGAUGGAGACGAUGGGCUUCACUCAGGAGGAAGUGACAAAGGCGCUGGAGGGCCAGAAAUACAACGAGGUGACGGCGAUAUACCUGCUGCUGGGGAGGAAACCCGCUGAGUUUGAAGGCAGCGAGUCUUUGUCCAGCAGUAGCCUAGUUCAUAGGUCACGACCCAGCAGCGACCUCAACGGCUCCAGCCAGUCCCCCGCCCAUUCUCGCAACGCACCGGCCAAUCAGAAGCAGCGGCGCUUCAGCGACCACGUGGCGCCCUCUGUCCCCCCAUCUGUCUCCUACACCAAGCGUUCUCAUGCCAGCAGCGUAGAGAGCGACAGGAAGGACGAGCCAGCGUCACCAGUGGGAGCUCCAGACCGCAGGAGGUCAGCCACCGCCUCAGGGAGCAUAACUCGGAGGAACACGUACGUUCAUGAGAGGACGAGCGCAGAACGCCACUCGGUUGCUAUUCCCAACGGAAAGGACAGCAGUCUACCCGAGGUGCCUGCAGCAUCCCCCUUCCCGUCACCUGGGGCAACUGUCUCCUCCACACGCCCCCGUCAUGUCAAGUCCAUGUCGGCGUCAGGACAUCCCAUGAAGUCCUGCCUGCCCCCCAUUGACGACAACGCAGAGUAUCAGAGCUCCCCCCAGCAGCCCCCGCCAUCACCCUCAGCCUUCAGCGUCACCAGCAGCAACAGCAGCACCACGCCGGACCGGACCCGCUUCCCCCGCGGCUCCUCCAGCCGCUCCACCUUCCAUGGCGCUCAGCUUCGGGACCGACGACCCGCCACCUACAACGGCCCGCCGGCCUCACCCAGCCUGUCCACGCACGCCACCACAUGGCUGGUCACGCCCCGCCGCGGCACCUCCACCUCCAUUAUUGGAAAGAUCACCUCCAAGUUUGUACGCAGGAGUUUUGCAAGCGAGCCCAAAGAGGAGGGGCGGGACUCCAAGCCUCGAGCCCUGCGCUUCACCUGGAGCAUGAAGACCACGUCCUCCAUGGAGCCGGGGGACAUGAUGAAGGAGAUCCGAAGGGUCCUGGACGCCAACAACUGUGACUACGAGCAGCGUGAGCGCUACUCGCUGUUCUGCGUGCACGGCGACGCCCGGCAGGACAGUCUGGUCCAAUGGGAGAUGGAGGUAUGCAAGCUGCCCCGCCUCUCGCUCAACGGCGUGCGCUUUAAGAGGAUCUCCGGCACGUCCAUCGCCUUCAAAAACAUCGCCUGCAAAGUGGCCAACGAGCUCAGACUGUGAAGGGCUCCCAGUCAUCAUCAAAGGAGAAUACCUCUCUGUUCUUCACACAGUGACGCCCCACCAAGUGACGGCGGCCAUCUUGUGUUCAGCACGUCGCUAACUGCUGUAUGACUCAGAGGAAAAAAACACCUUAUUAUACCCAACACACUUACUAUUUAAUGUUAUCACUAAAUGUUUGCCAGUGAAACCAAAUAAUCCAGCUGAUGUUCGGCAGGUUGACGAGGCUGAUGAGGGUGCUUGUUUGCUGUCACGACCUGCAGGAGCGAGACCCUCUGUUGGUUUGUCACUGUUUACCUGCACUUCAGAUUUCUACAAAAAACUGAAACAUCAUGUAAAGUUGAGACAGGUCGACAGGAUUAAAGCUGAUCACACAGGCAGAGAAACCUGACGAGUCUCUGACUGGACUCUCAACUAAGAGAUUAGCUUGUCAGAGAGCCACACGAGUGAAGCAGCAGUUACAUGGAGGGAAAUGACGACCAAACUUCCAUCUGGAGUUUUCUAAUAUUAUUGCAGUGCAUGUAGACGUAUGCUCUGACUCUCUGCUUCGACCUGAGUGUUAAAAUCAGUCAUCUGGUUUCUGGAGUGCAGAUAAACAGUGAGUGAAACAUGACCUCUGCUCCACCUGUGCAACUCUCCUGCUGCAAGAGUAUAACAGCGAGCUGUGCGUGCACGUUACACAACCUUAACCAGCUUUAUUGGCUUUAAACGUGUGAACACGCUCAAGGAAGGAAUCUGACUCUGGUUUUCGUUGACCUUAAAUACAAAGAAAAUAUCCAUACAGCUAAAAGCAAGGACGACAAAACUAAACAAGAUAAACAUUGACCUGCAUGUUGGUGAAGAUUCUCAGUCAUCCAGGUCAUGGUAAUCAUAAGUGCUGUAUCGUAGGCAG